CUAGUGGGGGAGCAUCAGUUCUCAAGUAGUUCCUUGCGUGUUGUUUAUAGUUCAUCGAUUUUAACUAUAAAUUAUUAUGAAGUUCCUCGUUGUCCUCGCAUUUGUUGGUUUGGUAGCAGCUGAUGUUAGCCAUUUAACUAGCAGCUAUUUACCACCAAGAGUUUCUUCAUCCGUAAUCAACCACGACCACGACCACCAUCACAAUCACGGUUCUGAUAUUAUUCUCUCAAGCCCUCUUGUCAAUACCUACACCACACAACAACAGUUGGCCCCUGAGAUAACCUACUCUCGUCAAGUUAAUGUUGCACCAAGUUAUCAAGUAAUUGGUGGUGGAUACGACAGUGGUCUCAUUGGAAACGGUCUCACUAGUGGCGGUUAUUCUGGAGACAGUCUCAUUGGUAGCGGUCUUUCUGGAAACGGUGGAUACUACGGUGGUAACAGUGGUCUCAUCAGUGCCUAUGAUACUGGCCUUUCCGGAGGACUCAUCGAUAAUGGCUACCAAAGUUCUGGUGGACUUAUUAAUGGAGGUCUUGUAGGAAGUGGACUCAGUGGAAUCAGUGGACUUAGUGGAAUCAGUGGUCUUAGUGGACUUGGUGGUGGCAGCAAUGUCGUUCGUACCAUCAGUGCACCAGCUGUUUCCAAUGUCUACCGCACAAUCAGUGCUCCAGCUGUAUCCAAUUCAUACGAAUCAUCUGUAGACACUACAUACGGUAGCAAUGGAGGUUACGUUUACGAGAAGAGGCAUUAAACGAGUGAUUCAUUCGAAUACAAACAAAAUUCAAUUCGAAACGAAUCAAGAAAGUAGUUGUUAGUUAUAUUUUUGUUUAGAAAUAUUAAAAUAAAAAAAUUAAAACACACUAAGA